UGUCGUAGCAUAUCACAGGUGGGUGGAGGCAGAUGUUCAAUGUUGGACAACAAUAUCGGUCUUAUAGUCAUUCUGAGAACUUGUUUCCUGCUACCUCCUCUUCAGGCUCGCUAAAAUUUUACACGACACCUAGAAAUCGAGAAGUAUAUUGUCGAAAACCAAUCCCAAAGUAUGAGAUCUCGUAACGAAGUAUAAAGUGGUAAUAGAGAUCAUUUCCAGACACAUAUCAUCAAAAGGAUUGACUCGGGAAGCGCCGAGGAUGCAGGUCAGCGGCCGGGCGAAGGUGGUGUUGGUCACCGUCCUGUUCUGCCUCUUCUGGUCUGGCUUCUUGGCCUUCGCGGUCCGGUCCCUCGUCUCGGGUCUGGUCGCUCGCCUCGGUGCUGUCGAGUCCUUGGUUUCGGGAGAGGACCCCGCGACGGACGGUGUGCUGGGGGCGGUGGAGAAGGCGGUGCGGCAAGAUACAGAAGUAGUGUCUAACAAGCUGGGCGAGAUGAUUUCCAAGAUGGAGAGGCUGGUGGAGGACACAGAUCUGUCGUUCCCCAUGAUGGAUAAUUUGUUCGAGCGUCUCCUGAAGGCAGAGGUCGUGCAGGCGGUGAACCCGAGGGGCGACUUCUACGAGAUGCAGCGCCGAUACGAUGCCCUGAGGGAGACCUUGGAGUUGAAGAGGAAGGAGAAGGAGGAACUCUGAUUGUUUUUUAUUUUAAUUUAUAUUUUUAUUAUUAUUAUUAUUAUUUUUUUUAGUCUUUUUUUUUUGGGGGGGGGGUAUUUUUUGUUGUUAUUAUUAUUUUUCUUCUUUUUGGUUUGAUUUGUGUUUUGUUUUGUAAGACAUUCGUUUUUUUGUGUUUGGUUUUGUGAACUUGUUUUAUUGUUUCUAUUUUUUGUUUAACAUUUAGUUAUUUCGUGUGUUUCCUAAUAAAAGUUGAAUUAAACCUUACAAAAAAGUGUUACAUUUUCCUGUGUCCUGAUGUAUGUAACAUAAACCUAUCUAGCAAAUGUCCAAUGAUAUUCUAGUUCGAAUUUCAGUACAUUUCAGUUCAUUAUAGUAUAACAUUGCAAUAUAACUUCAUAACUAGCGAUGGCAGCCACUUCUUUAAGUAUAAUUUGUCUCCUCACUACAGAGUAUUACACCAUAUAUUGGCAAAUUUGAAUAACUUAGGCCUAU